GGGCUUUGUUCUCUUCCAGGCUCCGCUAUCACUUUUGUAGUUGUCAAAUUUGCCUUAGAGUUGAAGAUCUACAAUAGAUCCGAUGGGGAGCGACUGGACGACCCUCACAGGGUGCCUGGUGCUGCUAAUCGCCGAACGCCUACUGGCGAAUGACGUCACCGACUAUAUUCGCUUCCGCGCCGUGUGCAACUCCUGGAGGCAACACACCGAGGACCCGCGCGUCGGCGACGGUCUGGAGCCCAGGUACCUCCCGAGGUCAUGGAUCAUGCUGGAGGAGGCCCCCGUUGCACCGUUCCGCCACCGGUUCCUCAACACCAACUCCGGCGGCGUCAUCACCGUCGACAUCCCGGAGCUCGAGGACUGCGACGUCCUGGGCCCGUCCCUGGGAGGGCUCCUCACGCUGCGCGAGAAGCGCACCCAUGCGCUGGGCCUCUUCCACCCGCUGACGAGCUACAUCACCCAGCUGCCCCCGCUCGUCUCGCUGCUCCACCCGGUGGCGAACGACCCGACGCUGGUGGAGCCCGAGUACCACCAGCCGACGGCCAUCGGCUUCUCCGACGGGUGGAGGACGGUGGCCAUCUUCUGCAAGAUGGUCGACAAGGUCGCCGUCGCCAAGCCGGGCGACUGGAACUGGAGGUGGAUCUCCGUGCGGCCCUAUCUCAUGAAGUCGGCCGCCUCGGUCGCGGGCUACUUCUUCCUCGUCUCCAAGACCACCCUCUUCGAGCUGAGCAGCGACGGCGCCCACGGCCACGGGCUCCCGAGGGUGACGCCGGUCGCCGACGUGCCCGUGCCCGGCGGCGUCGUCCCGUCGUCGUGCCGCCACACCCUGGUGGAGGACGACGGCGACAGGCUGACGCUGGUGAAGGAGGUCUUCUACUGGCCCCAGGGGCGGGAGCCGCCGCCGGAGGGCCCCAACAUGCUGACGAUGCCCAGGCGGUGCAGCGUGUACACGGUGGACCUGGGGCCCAUGACGGUGGUGCCGUCGCGGCUCAACGGGCGCGCGCUCUUCGUCGGCGACGACCGCGCGGUCUGGGCGUGGCCCGGGGCGUUCCCCGGCUCCCACCUCGCCGCCGACACCAUCUACACCGCCCGCCCCAACAGGCUCUUCACCGUGCACGCCUGCCGCGUCGCGCCCUCCGGCCCGCUCAACGUCGUGCUCCACGCGCACAGGCUCGCCGACGGCUCCGCCGUGCGGUCUCAGUUCGGGAACGACGAGACCGAGGCGGUGAACCCCAAGGGGAUCGUCGAGGCCGUCUCCAGCUACGUCGGCAGCGACCGCGGCGGCCGCGCGCGCCCGCAGCUGUACAUGGCCGGCCCUGCCGUGUAGUCCAAAACUGAUGACUUUGGUAGUGGUGAGGAAUUCGUGCUGGAAUUUCUUCAUCACGCACUUUGGUCUUGUUCUGCUGCAAUAAUAAUGGAAAAAAAAACAUGUCGUCUUCCUGGUUUCUGUGAAUGUUUUGUGUUUCUGAAAAGGCU